ACACCAUGAUUCGUUUAUCUGGCAAACAAUUGCUAGCAUAUGGGCUUCUUCUACUAUUCUUUCAAAGGAGUUUCUGUGACAGCCUACAAGAUAUGGAAAAAGAACGUCUCAUGCAUCCUAAAUUCAAAGAUGUGGAUACCACAAAAAGAGUUUUACAAAGACCUGGGGAGGAUACCCAUGAAUUUUGGCUUAAUCAAGGCAAGGAUUUUGUACGUCAACAGAAAAAUCGUCAACUUAAUAACAACAUAGCCAAAAAUAUCAUUAUGUUUAUGGGAGAUGGCAUGGGCGUGGCCACGCAGGUAGCUGCCCGAAAUUACAUCGAAGCUGAACACACAAAAUUAGCCUUUGAAGAAUUUCCCUACUUGGGCCUAUCCAAAACCUAUUGCGUGGAUAAAAUAGUCUCGGAUUCCGCUACAACAGCUACAGCCUAUUUGUGUGGUGUCAAGGGCAAUUAUGGUACCAUAGGUGUCAAUGGCCACGUGCUACGAGAUGAUUGCGUAGGCAUGAAUAAUACCGACUACCAUGUCUCCUCGAUAGCCAAAUGGGCUUUGGAUGCAGGGAAAUCUGCAGGUUUGGUGACUACCACCCGUGUGAGUCAUGCCUCGCCAGCUGGUGUCUAUGCCCAUACGGCCAAUCGCAAUUGGGAAACUGAUGCCGAUAUCAACAAAUACUGUGGCCAAGAUCAUGGUCUGCAAGAUAUAACUCUACAAUUAAUGCAAGGCAAUGUGGGCUCCCAGCUGAAGGUAAUAAUGGGAGGAGGCAAAAGCUUUUUCUUGGAUGAGAAGUUAUACGAAAACGGAUAUCGCACGGAUGGUCGAAAUUUGAUAGAGGAGUAUUUGCAGCAAUCUCCUGGAAAUGCCUUCGUUGAGACUCGAGAAGAGUUGGAGAAUUUGGAUGUAACAAAGUGGCAACGCCUUAUGGGCAUAUUCCACGAUAACCACUUGGACUACCAUCUCGAUGCAGCGGCCGAUCCUUUAAACACUCAACCAACUUUGGAACAAAUGACCGCAAAAGCUAUUGAAUUUAUGCAACAGCAAAAGGAAGAUAAAGGCUAUUUUCUAUUCAUAGAGGGUGGUAAAAUAGAUUUUGGUCAUCAUGACACUAAAGCUCGUUUGGCCUUGGAUGAAACCAAAGAAUUUUCUCAGGCCAUAGCCUUGGCCCGAGCCAUGACCAGUGAGGAGGAUACCCUGAUAGUGGUUACUUCGGAUCAUUCUCAUACUUUCAGUGUGGCCGGUUAUCAAGAUCGUGGCUCUGAUAUAUUUAGCCUUAGCACCUCCGAUGAAGAUGGCCUACCCUACUCACCCUUGAGCUAUGCCAACGGCCGAAGUUAUUCAAAGUAUUUCGAUGCCAAUAAAAGCGAAAGAGUUGAUCCCUCCUUGGUGCUACAAAAUGAGGCACAUGAUAUUUUCCCCGCCACCGUGCCCCUCUAUGCAGAAACCCAUGGUGGUGAAGAUGUGGGUGUAUUUUCCUCAGGUCCCUGGGCUCAUCUUUUCACUGGGGUCUAUGAACAAAAUGCCAUACCCCAUAUGAUGGCCUAUGCUGCUUGCUUUGGCGAUGGUCUGAAGGCUUGUGAUGUCUUAUCUGGUCAAAGUCGCAAUUAA